UGUCCACCAAACUGUCCAGGCCCCACACCCUUCCUUCCUCCCCCUCCUCCCAGGCCACGUCCUUGAAUUGGUAGGCAGCACAGGGAUGUGGCCUCUGCACAGCCCCGGCAUCGUGGGAGCAAGCAGACUGGAAGAGGACGGGGUACAGCUGAGGGGCAAGCUGAGAUUUAUGCAUCCUGUAUCCUCUGGUCCACUCGGCUGCCUCUCGGCGUGUGGAGUUUUCCACCCCAGAGGCCUGCCCCCUUGGUUUCCUCCAAACCCGCCACCCCUUGACUUCCUGCAUCCUCCCUCCUCCUCUUACCAUAUCCUUCUCAGGGGAAGGGGGAGUCACUGCUGGGAGGAGGGAAGCUGCCAACAUGGAGUGAGCAGGAGUCUCAGGAGAGGUUAGGGACUCAGGAUACCCCAGUUCUGGCCUCCAGGGUGGAAGCAGGACCCAGUCCCCACCCAAGCUGCUUUGCCCUACACCCCCUCGUGCCAGGCUCAGCGUGGGCCUGUUUUGCUUCACUACAUACCUCUUGUUCCACAGCGCAAACCAGCCCAGAUGGAGGAUGUGGGGAGUGAGGGAAGCACUGGGCUCCUCUUGGAGCCCGGAGGAGCCUGACACCAGGAAGGGGAGAGUGGGGAGUUACGCGUCAGCCAGCGCUCCUCUGGCUCAGUGACAUCCAGUGACUGGGGUUAGGAUCAGCCUUUCAGAGACUGAGCCCUGGCUCCACUUGUAAGAAGAGACCUGCAGCUGUCCUGGUUCUGGCCUUGGGCAGCUCCUGGAGCAGGAAAUAAAACCAAUUAUACCAGGACAGGUGCUCAGCCCUGGCUCGGGUGGGGACUUAGAGAUUUCUAAUCCAUCAUAAUUAAUAGAGCUGGUGACAGCUCCUGAUAACUCUGAGCUUGUUAGAAAGAUUAGCUACAGGAUCAUGGCCUGGGCCUGUGCUUUAUCCCCGUCAGAGCCAUGGCAGCAGUAUCAGGCUCCUUGCCGAGAGUCAAAGAUCCACCCAUGUGGGAGGAAAAUGAGAGCUCAGGAAGUAUGGAGGAAAGCAAUCCCUGGUGGCCUCCCGCCAGGCCUGUGGCACCAGACCCAGGACGGUCUCAAGGAUCAAGCAGCUCAUACAUCUGGGAGCUUUGAUCUCUGGUCAUGAUUCUUGUGACAACCUAUGAGGUAGGUAGUAGUAUCUCUAGUUUACAGAAGCAGAAACAAGCUCAAAGGGGCUAAAAACCUAGGCCCGAGUCACUUGGUCAAUGAAGGAGUCUAGUUUGAGUCCAGGUUGGUUAGACUCCAGAGCUAUUUAUUGGUUUCUCUCGCUACCUGUCCCUUGUUCAGCCUCGCUCUUCCUUGAAGACGCAGAUGUCCCGACCCCUAGAGCUUUGAGUUUCUUGAAUAGUUCUGUUCUCCACAUCGGAGGGAAUGGCUUUGCUCCCCACUCCAUCUCCACUGAAGGGUGCAGUUUGGGGAGAUCCUGGGGGAGGGAGGAGUGUUUUCUGUCUCUUUUCUCUCUCCUGUCUCUCAUUCACCUUCUCUCUUCUUGUCCCUCUUAUUCCACUCUCUGGCCCCCAAAGAAAGUUAAGUCAGAGACAGAAGCUUCCCCUUGGCUCAAAAUGCCUCUCAUGGGGGCCCCUCCUUGGCUGUAUCCGUUAGUCACUCCCCACUGCUGCGUGUGCUUGUGGCUCAUUCUUCUGAUCUGUUGGGAAGCAGAGCCCCAGAGAGGAGGGAGAGAGAACACAGGAGACAGGACCUGCCCUGCCGCCUCCUCUUCCUCCCCAGCCUGCCUUAGCCAAAGCCCCUUCAAGUUCCCCUGGCUUUCAGCCCCUCCCCUUCUCUGGGGCCCCAGCCCCAGCCCCAGGCGCCCCUCAGGGCCCUCCCUCCACCAUGUCGAUGGCUGUGGAGACCUUUGGCUUCUUCAUGGCAGCCCUGGGGCUGCUGAUGCUGGGGGUGACUCUGUCAAACAGCUACUGGCGAGUGUCCACCGUGCACGGGAACGUCAUCACCACCAACACCAUCUUCGAGAACCUAUGGCAGAGCUGUGCUACUGACUCCCUUGGAGUCUCCAACUGCUGGGACUUCCCGUCCAUGCUGGCCCUCUCUGGGUACAUCCAGGCCUGCCGGGCACUCAUGAUCACUGCCAUCGUCCUGAGCUUCCUGGGCCUCUUCCUGGGCAUAGUGGGGCUGCGCUGCACCAACAUUGGGAGUAUGGUGCUCUCCAGGAAAGCCAAGCUGGCGGCCACCGCAGGGGCCCUGGACAUACUGGCUGGUCUCUGCGGGAUGGUGGCCAUCUCUUGGUACGCCUGCAACAUCACCCGGGACUUCUUUGACCCCUUGUAUGUUGGAACCAAGUAUGAGCUGGGCCCUGCCCUCUACCUGGGCUGGAGCGCUUCCCUGCUCUGCAUCCUGGGCGGCAUCUGCCUCUGCUCACACUGUUGCUGCCCUCCUGACGACGAGCCCGACACCAGGGCCCGGCUACCCUACAAGGCUCCCCAGACCAAGAUGCAGUCCAUCAGCCCCACUGCCCACCUGCCCCGGGCGGCCUCCAAUGAAGACAGCUGCAACAGCUUUAGCCAAUACGGGAAAAACGCUUAUGUGUAGGAGGCCUGGUCUGUGGACCCCAUUUCCCUUCCCACUGCCCCCAGCGGAGAGCGGGAUUCUCAGGACCCCUGGGUCCCAGGCCUCCACCCAUUCUCCCUGAGAUAACUUCAGUGACCAACCACACUCCAGACUCUACCUGUGACCCAGGGACUGCCCCAAGCUCUGACUUUGUCUGAGCACUGCUCGGCACCCUUAAGCCGAGAAGCUUUCUCCUGAGAACUCACAUGGACUCCUGAGGCUGGACCCCCCUUUAUCUACUGAGUCUGGGCUCUGGGCAUCCGGGAGUGUCUGUUUUCCAUAUAAAUACCUGCCAAAGUAAAUAAAUUUAUACUGUGAAUUGUUCAGGGGCUGAGCAUAUCAUAAAGCAGCUGGCCAAGUAGAGGGUGCUAUCUUAGUUAGAUAGUGCUCCUAUA